AUGAUUUGCGUGGCCUCGGCCGGCCGCCCCAUUGUGCCGCCAAACGUACGUAACCAGUCCAGUCGGGUCGGUGUGGUCCUCGGAAAAUCAAUAACCGAUGCCUCCUCCGCUCUUUUAUAUCCCGACGUCGCCGGCGACGAUUUUUCCUCGUCGCCGUCGCCACCACGUACUCGACUUUUUUUUUCUCUCUAUUUUUAUGAGCCACUUGUCUAUUCAUGCGUCUCGUUUCGUGUCCGGUGUGUCGGCCUGUGUGCCGGACUUUUCACGGCUUUUCCCCUUGAUUUUUAG